GCGAAACCAUCAGUAUCAUCCUUCCACUCGAGUUGAAAGCACCUCGAAAUAAAUUCGCGAAAAAUUGAAAAAAAUCCGGAGUUAUUUCUGCGAUUGCCUCGAUUUUUCCAUAUUUUUCCAAUAAUUUGGAAAUCUUUCCAUCAAUUUAUUCGAUCAUUCAUCGUACGUGAAUGAGAUUCCUCAGUGCGAAAAACUGUUACAAGACACAAGUGGAGAAAUAUGAAAGCAACAGUACCGAUGCACCAGCGAGGAAGAAACCCAUGCCUCUCAGCAACAAGAGCGAUGUUGAAGCUGACGAGUUUCAGGGUUAAAAUAAAGUCAUCAAUCCCAAACUCUUCCACAAUUUCUCCAAUAUCUGUAAAUCAAUAACGCAAUUAAAAUCGCAGCGGUCGAUCGUUCGACUGAAUUCCUAAAAGGAAAUCCAAUUGAACCAGAGUGAGUCAUGAAAGAGAAGUCUGGUGCUAUGACAAAAAAAAACUACCUCCUUAGUUUGUACAAAAAUUCAACGAAAAUCGAAUUGACAUCAUCCUCAAGACACAAGAUUAUAAUGAAUGAAUAAUCAAGAGGAUAAUCAAAGUGAGAAUUGCCAAUUUCCAUGUACAUAUUAAUGUACAUAUGAUACAUGUAUAAAUGUGUAUAUAUCACUGAGUUGUAUAUACACUUGACUAAUUAUUGUAAAUUGAAAGGCAGAAAUUGAAUUGAGUGAAUUUAAAACAAUUAUUCGUUCGAGAUAAGGCAGAGAGAGUGUGAGAAAUUAAUCAUUGUAAAACAGUUAAUAUUGAGGAGAAAUAAUGUCUGAACCGUAUGAUGAGAGUUUGGUAUGGCUGGUGGUGAUUGGAUUUAUUGUUGCAUUCAUUCUUGCCUUUGGAAUAGGCGCUAAUGACGUCGCUAAUAGUUUUGGUACUAGUGUUGGUGCUGGUGUCCUGACAGUCUUUCAGGCUUGUGUACUAGCCACAUUUUUCGAGAUUGCUGGAGCUGUUCUCAUCGGAUAUAAAGUGUCUGAUACGAUGAGGAAGGGAAUUCUUGAUGUGAGCCUUUACGAAGGAUAUGAGAAAGAAUUAAUGGUUGGUGCUCUCUGCAGUCUCGCAGGUUCUGGAAUAUGGUUGUUACUGGCAACUGCCCUCAGAUUACCUAUUUCCGGUACUCAUUCAAUCGUUGGAGCUACUGUUGGAUUUUCCCUCGUUUGCAGGGGCACGAGAGGGGUGAGGUGGAUGGCUCUGGCGAAUAUCGCUGCCUCCUGGUUCGCAAGCCCAGUGAUGAGUGGCCUUGUGUCUGUUGGUCUCUUCUGGUUGAUACAAAAAUUCAUUCUCAGAAGUAGAAAACCAGUUGAUAUGGGAUUAAAUGCUCUGCCAGCUAUCUACGGUGCUACUAUUGCUGUCAAUAUUCUAUCAGUUCUUUUGGAUGGUCCAAAAUUGUUGAUGCUAGACCGAGUACCCUGGUGGGGUAGUCUGGUGGGAGCUGCAUGUAUUGGUCUCGUCUCUGGGAUAAUUGUUUAUGUAUUUGUGGUACCAGUGCAACGUCGAAGAAUACUCUUGUCAGACGUAGGAGACAGUCCAAUUACGUUUGGAGCCUGUGACAAGAAGGAAACAACAGCUCUAUCCGUCAUCACCGAGACUCGUAUACCACAACCAGUUCCCAAGGUCGAUAAUACUGGCCAGCAGCCAACAUUACGAGGAAAUAGUAGUGCUAGUCCUUUGUUGAUGGCAGCUGGUGGGACUGAUGUUAAUGAAGAACUAGAUCUCGACAGUGCUGGUAAAAGGGCUGAGGAGAAUCCAGACAUUGCAAAAUUAUUUUCCUUCCUCCAAGUGCUCACUGCAGCUUUUGGAAGCUUUGCACAUGGGGGAAAUGAUGUCAGCAAUGCCAUUGGACCUCUCAUUGGCCUCUGGGCAGUUUAUGCUGAGGGAAAUGCCAAACAGGAGGCCGAGACGCCAAUUCUCAUUCUUUUGUAUGGAGGAUUUGGAAUUUCUGCUGGACUCUGGGUCUGGGGGAGGCGAGUCAUUCAGACACUGGGGAAAGAUCUCGCUAGAAUCACUCCAACCACUGGCUUUACUAUUGAGGUUGGAGCAGCAGUAACUGUCCUGCUGGCCAGUAAAGUUGGCCUGCCAGUUUCAACGACUCACUGCAAAGUAGGUUCAGUUGUCUGCGUCGGAUGGGCAUCCCGAGGUGGCGAGGGUGUCUCCUGGAAGCUCUUCCGCAACAUCGCCUUCGCCUGGUUGAUAACCGUACCAGUUGCUGGUCUCCUUUCUGCCGGAUGUAUGCUCGCCAUGAAACAAAUAGUAGAUCUGUGAUUGAAUAUUGAAUAAUGAGUAAAUAACGAGAAAAUCCCUGGAUUUUCCAUCAGCUUCGAUAAUAAUUCUAAGGAUUAAAAAAAAAAACAAACGCCAAUUGAAUCAUCAAAAAAACGCUGGAAAGCGUCAUGUCGUCAAUAACAGUUUAAAAUGAUUAAUAGCAUUAAUAAAAUGCCCUGACGUAGGCAGAUAAUUAAUUAAAGAAGAGUAUUCUGAUAAUUUAUCGUAUUUACGUGGGGUUAAUGAAAAAUAUUAUUUUCAGUCGAUUUUAUUCUUAUAUUGUAUGUUAUGUUACUUAGCAACUGGGCAAAGUUAAUCGAUGAGUAAACAGUUCUCUUACUCUGGUGGCACGUGUAGUAUUUUAAGUAAUUAAAAAAUUAUAUUUUUUA